CACUGAUAGGAGGAAGUUAAAGUUUACCGUUCCAAAAGCAUGCAAUUUUUAUGAGGCUUAAGCAAUGGUUAACCUUAGUUUCGCCAUUUCCUUUGGUUAUGUCUUCCUGGCAUCUUUGACCAUCUGUGAAUGCCACCUUAUUUUGAAGGAUGGAUUUGUCGGCGUUGGUAUCGACUUGUCAAAAUUACGUACAAAUAAAGAUAAAUGCCCUCCCAGUGAAAACAUCACAUGUCCAUGCAGCACCAGAGGGGCAGUUGUUACUCUCGCCGUUCCAGUAUGCAGCUAUUCUCAUCGCUGGAAAAUAACUUGCAAACCCUGCAAUAAAUUGAAAGAAAGUGAUGUUUGUCCUAAAUACCAAGCCUGUAAACAAUGCCAUGCUGAUGGAGGUGACAGCUGUGCCACUUGUCCAGAUGGUAAAUUUGGAACAUGGUGUGAAAAUGUUUGUACUUGCGUCAAUGGAGGUGUCUGCGAACGGGACGGCAAGUGUAUCUGCUCUCAGGGUUAUGAAGGACGAAACUGUGAAAGGAAGAAAGGCUGCUCACCUCCAGGUGCCAUAGCGCAUCCAUUACAAGUCACUCUCAGUCCUGCUGGUAGACCAGUCACUGCUGUUUACAGUUGUCCGGAAGAUUAUGAACUUAGUGGAUCAGCAGUUAGCACUUGUUUGCCUGGUGAUAAAUGGUCGAGUGAACCUCCAGUUUGUCUCAAAAAGUGCCCACUGUUGAGUGCUCCUGCCAAUGGAAAACUGGAAUUUUCCGCUAAUGUUCUUGUUGAAGGUGUAACGGCAGAUAUCACUUGUAAUGCACACCACCGUCUGAUAGGCCAGAAAACACUUGCAUGCUUAGCAAACGGCCAGUGGAAUACUGAACUCCCUGUCUGUGAGGAAUUGGCAUCUUGUCCAGACCCAGGAAACGUUCAGUAUGCGGACAGAACAAUCCUUCCAGGUGCAGUUAAACGCGGAGGCCAUUUUGUUCAAAAUUCAAAAAUUCAGUACAGUUGUAAACCUGGAUUUGAGCUCAUGGGAGAAGAUACCAUUCUCUGCCUUUUUGAUAAAACAUGGUCGUCAGAACCUCCAUCUUGCAUUAAAGUGUCUACGAUCGUUCCCGAUUGCUUUACUCCAGGUUCACAAGUUGUUUCCGACGUCGGUGUCUCAGUAAGAAUCGUUUGCCCACCAGAAUGCGCCGAUGAGGAUUUCAGCGUCUGGGGCACCUCCAUCUAUCGUGGACGUUCUUCUGUUUGCCAAGCUGCUAUCCAUUCAGCUAAAAUUACGAACAGUGGUGGAGCUGUGGCCGUCAUCAAUAACGGACCCUAUUCGCACUUCACUGGAAGCGAUUCCAACAACAUCGAGUCUGAGAGUUUUGAUGAUCGAGAUGAAAGUUUCCGAUUUGACAAGUUGCCUCCGAUGUCACGUUCUGUAGACUCGAAAGUUUGUGAAAAAGGUUUAAUGAAGUUGGAAAACAUAUGCGCUUAUGUAUCUAAAGUCCUGCGCAACUAUAAAGAAGCUGAAGCUGUUUGUACAAAUCUUGGAUUACAGCUGGAUGUACCCAAAGAGGAAGAAGAGAAACUUCGACUCAUUACAAUAUUGAAUUCUAAAGGAAUACGUUCUGUUUGGUCAGUAACUGAACCUGAAACAAGCAAAACUACCAACAACUCAAUAGCCAUUUCCCAAAGUAGUAAUCUGUGUUCAGUUUUGACAAUUAACGAUUUGGACUUUAAGAAGGAAGAAAGGAACUGCAAUGAAUUUUUGAGCUAUGUAUGCGUAAGAAAAUCACAAGCCAACAGCCUAGCAAUAUGUGAAGACCCAGGCCUUUUGGUGAAUGGAAAAGCGGAACCUAUUGGCCGCAUCGAAGGUGUUUACUACGUUGGAUCUUCUAUUGAAUACAAGUGUGAACCACUUCAUUAUUUGAAGGGUGCUGAUGUAAUAUCUUGCACAGCAAACGGAAGCUGGUCUUUAGAGAAACCAACCUGCAUAAAAGUGGAUGCAUGUGAAGAACCACCUGUUCCUAUCGGAGGAUUUGUAACUUACCUGCCGCCAUUGAAGAACCCAACGGAGCAGAGAGCAGCAAUUGGUACAUCAGGAGUAAUUGGGACCAGGCUGGCAAGGCUUCCUGCUGGCUUAGCAGCCCCUUUGCCAAAGAAUUUGCCUCUGCCAACUUCAAUGGAAUCGUCACUGCCUGAAUCACUAGAUUUACCUUCUGGAGUUCAUCGCCUAGGAACUAGGGCUAUGUACGACUGCGAAUCUCGUUAUUAUAAAUUAAUAGGAUCCAGAACUAGACGAUGUCAAGGUCGUGGACAGUGGAGUGGAAGACCACCUACUUGCAUUCCAGUCUGUGGAAAGUCAGAUUCUCCUCGUUCUCCUUUCAUUGUCAAUGGGAAUGCAACAGACAUUGGACAGUGGCCAUGGCAAGGUGGUAUUGCGCGCUACUUACCAGAUUACAACCGCUGGUUUCUUCUCUGUGGUGCUUCAUUGCUUAACGAGAUUUGGCUCAUUACAGCUGCUCAUUGCGUUACCUACGCAGGCACCACCUUGACUAUCGAACCCAGCAAAUUCCAAGUUUAUUUAGGCAAAUAUCAUCGAAAAGACAGCAAAGAUGACGAAUAUGUGCAAGUUAGGAAGAUCCAGGAAAUACAUAUUCAUCCUGAUUAUGAUCCUGGCUUAUUCGAUGCUGAUAUAGCACUACUGCAAAUGGAUUCUCCUGUGCAACUGAACAGUAGAGUACAGCCUAUCUGUUUACCAACGGAACAAACUACUCGAGAGAACAUAGUAGAAGGAAAAAAAGGCGUAGUUACAGGCUGGGGAAUGAACGAGAAUGACACAUAUGCAGAAACACUGCAGCAGGCGGUUUUACCUGUAGUAUCCCAAGAAAGAUGUGAACAAGGAUACGAGGAAUCCGACCUACCUUUGACAGUUACAGAUAAUAUGUUUUGUGCAGGCUACGAGCAAGGAAAGGCAGAUGCGUGUAGUGGUGACAGUGGUGGACCCAUGGUUUUUACUGACGAUUCUUCCAAGGAGAGAAAAUGGGUCCUUGAAGGGAUCGUUAGUUGGGGAAGCCCUGGUGGUUGUGGACAUCCCAAACAAUACGGUGGUUUUACAACUGUUAGCAGAUUUCUGGACUGGAUUCACCUUUACUUCUAAGUUCUUGUUUAAUAAAGUACAAAUACCUGAUUCUUCACUGUGCCAUUUGAAGCGGACGUUCGUUAAUUUUAAUGAAAUACGGUUUCAGGGUAUAAAGUCUAUUCUUAUUUCUUUCUCAUUUUCAGAGCAUGGUCUCCUUUUAUGUUAUCACCAAUAUUUGCACAAAUUGCUACAUCUGCAUACCAUAUCUAUGUUAGUAUAAGACUAAAACACAAUACAUAAUGUAACUAAGGUUUUUAAAGAAAAAAUUUCACAACUUGGGUAAUACACACACUGGCCAAUGAAUUGGAAGCCAGAGAUCAAUACUUUACUAGGCCACCUUUCGCACGGAUAACUGCUCUGAUUGGUUAGACCAUCGUUUUUACUUUAUUCAUCGUGAAAAGCACUCUUGCACCUUACUUAUACUAGCAUUCUAACCACGUGUAACCCACAUCAUAAAAAACUUUGCAUACUUCAUCUCUAAGACGCAUUCAAAUGAAAAUCUCAAAGGUUUCUAAUUCAUUGGCCAGUGUGUAUGCAUAAUUUUUUUUUAUAUAAAACAUGGAGAUCUUCUUCUCUGUAGAUAAAUAAGAGCUGAGUUAAUGGCAAUUAUAUUCAGAAGUUUUAAAUGGAAAAUUUAAGGAAUUCGUGUAUUGAUCGAUUUCAAUAUAUAAACUAUAUUAUAUUGUACGUAAUGGACUGAGUCUUAAAGUUUCCAAUAACCUCAAAAGUUUUAAAUAAUCGUCCGCUUGUUUGUUACGUUCCUUACGAAAUUACUCUAUAGAGGCUGAAGGAGCUCUAUAGAAACUCCUUUAAAAUUUUAUAGGUAAUCCUCUAUGCAAAUGAAAUAUUUCUCUAUAAAGUUUUAGCGAAAUUUUAUAAAGUUUUUACAGAACAGAAUUCUGUAGAAAUGCUACUUCACAAAAUCUCAUAAAAAGGUUUUUUAAAAUGAUGUUCUACAGAAGUUUUUAACGUUUCCAAACUGUAAUCAAAGCAGAUUUUCAGUUUAUGUGCAAAAUAAACAUUUUUUAUUUGUA